CGUAUUCCAGAUAUAGGAUGAAUAGCAUAAAAAGCUAAAUUACCGAUAAAUUAGUUUCUGUAAAGUGGCGCUGUUGUCAGCGUCGGCGCGAUAGCUCUGAGGAUAUCUUACCGAUAGUCGGUGCAAUAGCCACUGCCUGGUUUUAAUGACGUUUGUUUUGUUUAUUAAAUAAAACGAGAUAAAUUAUCAUUAAAUUCUUAUUGUGCUGUAUGAAAUUUUGUAAUAAAAAAAAUUCCAAUGACUUAAUCAUUGUCAUUUACGCUGAAGAGGAGAAUUAUUUAUGUACCUGUAUUUUUAUAAAUAUAUAAAUCAUUCUCUUCAGAUUUUAAAACAAAAGAAAUUUAUUAUUCGAGCAAUACUUGUUUACAAAAGAGGUCCUUUCACUUUAAAAAAUAGUUAAUAUACAUACUCUCUUGUUUGUAUUGUUAUCCUUAUUUAUUACGGACGAAAAAUCAGAGAAACUUAAUUUUAAUUAAGUCUGCAUAUUUCAUACUACAGAGAUUCAUGUUAUGAAUCUUUCAUAAAAAUAGCUGAAUUAAAGCAGUUCAUUGUGAAGAAGAACCUUAUACAGGCAGUGAAUGUGAUAUUCUCAACAAUGUAUUUAAAUGAGCACUCUCUUGUCUAUAAUAUAGACACGCCUUAUUCGUGUAAUGUAUGUGAUAAAACAUUCUCAAGCAAAUAUCAUUUAAACCAACACUCUCUUGUUCAUCCUGGAAAUAACUCGUGCGACGUGAAUAAUGAAUUAUUCACCGGAAAUACCAUUUUAAAAAAACACUCUUUUGUUCAUGCUGGAGAGAAACCUUACUCCUGCAGUGUAUGUGAUAAAAAAUUCUCAAAGAAAACCACCUUAAAUCAACACUAUCUUGUUCAUACUGGAGAAAAACCUCAUUUAUGUCAUUUGUGCGAUAAAACAUUCUCACAGAGAGCUAGUUUAACCAGACACAUUCUCUUUCACACGGGAGAAAAACCAUAUUCAUGUAGUGUAUGUGAUAAAACAUUCUCAACAAAGAAUCAUUUAAACGAACACUCUCUUGUUCAUACUGGAGAGAAACCUUAUUUGUGCAGUGUAUGUGGUAAAAGAUUUUCACAGAAAGGUAAUUUAAAUAAACACUAUGUUGUUCAUACUGGAGAGAAACCUUAUUCGUGCAAUGUAUGUAAAGAAACAUUCACGCAGAAAGGUAAUUUAAAUAAGCAUAAUCUUAUUCAUACUGGAGAGAAACCAUAUGCUUGCAAUGUAUGUGAUAAGACAUUCUCCACAAAAAAUCACUUGACUGUGCACUUUAUUGUUCAUACUGCAGAGAAACCUUAUUCGUGCAAUUUGUGUGAUAGAGCAUUCAGAAAAAAAGUUAGUUUAGAUAAACAUUUUCUUUCUCAUACACAAUAACAAAAAUUAUUCAAGCCUUAUGUGAUAGAAUAUUUUCUUAAAAAAGUAUGAUAAAACCAGGGUGUGUUGCAUUUUUAAAAAUUGCCUAAAGUUACUUAUUUUUUAUUUGUAUUUCUUAAAAGCCCUUAAUGGUGCUUUUUUUAUUCUCGGUUUGUAAAAAGUGCUUAAUUUUCUAUAUUUUAAAAAGAUAUCUUUCUUUGACGCAUCGAUUGUCGCCAUGAAUUACAAAAAAGGCAUGAUUUUCUCUGCAAUAUUUAUCAGUAACUAGUUAUUUUAUCAUGAAUAUGUAAAGUUUCUGAAUUUUAUUCAUUUUAUGUUUAUAAAUUAAGAACUUUAAACAAUAGAAGAAAAAAAAUUUUAUUGUACAGAUCCUAAUUUUGAUUUUUUUUGGAAAAUGAUUAAAAAUAAGUUUUGAGUGCUUGGAAAGUACUUAAAAGGUGCUCAUUUUGGGUUGAAAAAUCUGGCUAUGCAUCCUGUAAAACGCUUUUUUUGUUCUUAAGGAGAGAAAAAAAUUUAUACAGUUUGUGUAAUAAAAAUUUUCCUAAAAUUUUAAUUUUAAAUAUAUGUUUUAAAGAUAAACUCUUUUCUAGUUGUGCCUUUUAUGAAGAUGGUCAUUUAAAUAAAAUUAUGUAAAAGUGC